GAGGAACCAGUCUAAGCCACCACCCAGGCCCAGCUCACCUCUUUCCUCUCUUCUCAUGCCCACGCGCUCGCCUAUCUCAUAGUCCUUCCCCAUUCCGCCUCUCUAGCUGGCCUGUCGAGGACCCUCGCCAUCCUCCCCAGGCGCACCACCAAACGGUCCAAACCCCCAGCGGCGGCGCUAGGAUUUGAGUCUCAGCGCGCCGGCACCGCCACCGCCACCGGCGGUGAUGGCAGGGCAGGAGCGUAGGACAAUCGAUCUGGAGGAGGGAUGGGCGUUUAUGCAGAAGGGUAUCACCAAGCUGAAGAACAUCCUCGAGGGCAAGCCCGAGCCUCAGUUCAGCUCCGAGGACUACAUGAUGCUCUACACGACGAUAUACAACAUGUGCACGCAGAAGCCGCCGCACGACUACUCGCAGCAGCUCUACGACAAGUAUCGGGAGUCGUUCGAGGAGUAUAUCACCUCCAUGAGAGGAGUAAGGCAGCUUGGAUGGGAGUUUUUUUAGCUUUUGUUGACGGGGAACAAAUCGUGCUCUCAGAGCCUGGGGCUCACAUGAGCACUUCAAAUCUGGUACGUUCUGUGAGCAAUCAACGUUAAGGUGGGAGGGGAUAAAUGGAAAAUUGCCAUCGAAUCGAAACUGAGUUGAAGGGAGGUAAAUGAAAAAUUACUGAUCACUGUUGUAUUGCUCACAAAGGGGCUGAUUGGUUUGCUGCGCGCUGAACCAGGCUCGCGAGAUGCAGGAAGCGCUAGUUUGGUUGCUUGGUCCAGCUACCGAGCUAGGCUCCCAGCAUGCAAAAGUGCCCACUCUACCAGGCGCCGGGGAGACGUGAGAAUCUGUUGUUUCGGGCGAGCCAGUCUCGAGCGGUGCAAGAACGAGCUGCUUUGGCAAGCAUGCAGAGAAGAAAAUGCUGCUGGGCCCGAGACAUGCAGGCAACCAAUCGUUCUGUGAGCAAUCAACGUUAAGGUGGGAGGGGAUAAAUGGAAAAUUGCCAUCGAAUCGAAACUGAGUUGAAGGGAGGUAAAUGAAAAAUUACUGAUCACUGUUGUAUUGCUCACAAAGGGGCUGAUUGGUUUGCUGCGCGCUGAACCAGGCUCGCGAGAUGCAGGAAGCGCUAGUUUGGUUGCUUGGUCCAGCUACCGAGCUAGGCUCCCAGCAUGCAAAAGUGCCCACUCUACCAGGCGCCGGGGAGACGUGAGAAUCUGUUGUUUCGGGCGAGCCAGUCUCGAGCGGUGCAAGAACGAGCUGCUUUGGCAAGCAUGCAGAGAAGAAAAUGCUGCUGGGCCCGAGACAUGCAGGCAACCAAUCGUUGUCUCCACCAGGCCUGGCUGUAUAGAUACGGAAACCAGUCAAAGCGCUACUGCACCUCUAGAGCCUGACUCCUGCUUUGGUGUAUAUGGCGAUGUCCUCAUUUCCUUCUGUGUUUCUGCUAAAUGAUACAUUGAUCACUAGUCAGGUUCAUUCACUCUGUAGAUGGACAUUCUUUUGGGAAAAAAUGAGAGUUGUUUGCCAUAUAUGAUAGGUGGUGAAUUCUUAUAGUAUAUAGAAUUUUCCUGAUCUGUUUGAUUGUAAUUUGUAAAUGAAUUAAUUAAAACUUUCUAAUGCUGCAAAUAUUGCAGUGGCAGUGCUCUCUUCCCCUUCAUCUGUCCAUCUCUUGAUUUUUAGAGGGUAAUUCAAUCUCUUUAAUUUUAUUGUAAGCAUCUUGAUUUGGUGAAACACUUGAUCUAGCUACUUGACGUGCCUUGUAACAAUUCUGUGUCCAUUUGUUUGUACACUUGUGCCUGCUGUUCUGUUGGCUCCAGUAGAUUCAUUAGAUGUCCUGUGAUAUUGCUGUGUCUAUUUUCAUUCGCUGUUUGUUGGAACUUGUAGCUUCUGUUAUGGGCUUAUCGAGGGUAGACAGCAAACCAGGAUUAUUUCAUUCACUCCGUAGAUACAAAUUUCUUUUUGGGAGAAUGAGGGUUGUUUGUCAUAGAUGGUAGAACCCUUUUGUAAUAAUAUAUACAAUUGUCCUGAUCUGUUUGAUUGUAAUUUGUGAAUGGAGUAAUCAGAACUUCUUUCAUGCUCUCUUCCCCUUCUUUUGUGUAUUUUAAAUUUCUGCAGCACAAUUCAAUCUCUUUAAUUUUAUAAUUGUAAGCAUCUUGAUUGGCGAAACAAUUGUCCCAUCUACUUGACAAACAAUUUUGUGCCCAUUCUUUGUACAUUGUAGCUCAUUUCUUAUCUUUAUACCCUUUAAAGCAUGAGUUUCGUGCGUCAUGCGCGAAGGGCGUAGCGUCGAUCUGUUUAUUCUCUCCCCACGUCUUGGCUAACAACUAGGCCGUUACCUUCCAGAUGGGCCGUGAGAAAACACCUAAGCGCAACAUAACACCAAGCCACACGCAGCGCAACGCUCCUGGAUAAUACCACCUCGCUAGCUGAAGGAGUAUGAGCGACCGAGCGAGCUAUAGAAAGGGGGCAUGUCUCCUUUUCAACUCAUAUCUUUCUUGGCCUUUUGGCUAAGACAAAGUGUAGUGUCUGCAGUUUAAUAUCUGCUAUGUGGGCCAUAUGUCCACUUUAAUUUUAUUUUUUUAUUGGAAGGGUCCAACUUUAAUCUUAAAUUUGAUUUUUGUGGGGCGGGUCCAUCACACUGGGUUGCCACUGGACCCUUGGGUGUCAUACAAUUGUUGCGCUAUACCAUCAAAUAUGAUUGGUGUACCGUCACACGGGCAUUGUACUAGUAUAUCAUGUAGACUGUAGAGAGCACCUUUUUGUGUUUUUGCACCGCCUCCUAAUGGACAGGAGUUGGACACUAAUUGAUGCUAUCUAUGGCAGGAAGAUAAAUAAUGGAUUGCAUAAUUGAAUACACAUGGAUGCUAGUUUCAAUUUGCAGGAGCUUUUCUGCAGCUUGCUAAUUUAUUGUUUAAUGAGCAUCUUUAAUUUAUAAAAGAAACUUAUAUACCCUCCUUGAGUUACAGGUGUUUUUAUGACUAGAGAUUGAACCCACGAGUUGUAUGAUGCUUUCUUCAUUGUAUUUGUACGUUCACUUCUGAGAGCUUUCUCACUAAUUUUUAAUUUCAUGCAGGUACUACCUUCGCUAAGGGAGAAACAUGAUGAGUUUAUGCUGAGGGAGCUAGUGCAAAGGUGGUCAAACCAUAAAGUCAUGGUUCGUUGGCUCUCGCGUUUCUUUCAUUACCUUGACCGGUACUUCAUAUCAAGGAGGUCACUUACCCCACUUAAAGAAGUUGGUCUUACUUGCUUCCGAGAGUUGAUAUAUCAAGAGAUUAAAGGGCAAGUUAAAGAUGCGGUGAUAGCUCUGAUAGACAAAGAACGCGAGGGUGAACAGAUUGACCGGGGUCUGUUGAAGAAUGUAUUGGAUAUUUUUGUUGAAAUUGGGCUGGGUCAAAUGGAGUGUUAUGAGAAUGACUUUGAAGAUUUCUUGCUCAAGGAUACUACAGAGUACUACUCUGUCAAGGCUCAAAGCUGGAUUCUUGAGGACUCAUGCCCAGAUUACAUGAUUAAGGCUGAGGAGUGUUUGAAGCGGGAGAAGGAGCGGGUUGGUCACUAUUUGCAUAUUAGCAGUGAACAAAAGUUGUUGGAGAAAGUGCAAAAUGAAUUGCUUGCUCAGUAUGCAACCCCGCUGUUGGAGAAGGAGCAUUCUGGAUGUUCUGCUUUGCUUCGUGAUGAUAAGGUUGAGGACCUUUCUAGGAUGUACAGGCUCUUCUCCAAAAUCAGCCGCGGUCUGGAGCCUAUUUCUAACAUGUUUAAAACGCAUGUUACAAAUGAGGGCACAGCCUUGGUCAAGCAAGCAGAAGAUUCUGCUAGCAAUAAGAAGCCAGAAAAGAAGGAUAUAGUUGGCAUGCAGGAGCAGGUCUUUGUGUGGAAAAUCAUCGAGCUGCAUGACAAAUAUGUAGCUUAUGUGACAGAAUGUUUCCAGGGACAUACACUCUUCCAUAAGGCACUUAAAGAAGCCUUUGAGGUCUUCUGUAACAAAGGUGUCUCUGGCAGUUCGAGUGCCGAGUUGUUGGCUACCUUCUGCGACAAUAUUCUGAAGAAAGGUUGCAGUGAAAAGCUCAGUGAUGAAGCCAUCGAAGAUGCCCUUGAGAAGGUGGUGAGAAUGCUUGCAUACAUCAGUGAUAAAGACCUGUUUGCCGAGUUCUAUAGGAAGAAGCUUGCAAGAAGAUUACUUUUUGACAAAAGUGCUAAUGAUGAGCAUGAGAGAAGUAUUCUGACAAAGCUCAAACAACAGUGUGGGGGACAGUUUACUUCAAAAAUGGAGGGCAUGGUUACUGACCUUACUGUCGCUAGAGAUCAUCAAACUAAGUUUGAGGAGUUUGUAGCUGGACAUCCAGAGUUGAAUCCUGGGAUAGACUUAGCUGUUACUGUUUUGACAACGGGAUUCUGGCCAAGCUACAAAACUUUUGACAUAAACCUUCCUGCCGAGAUGGUGAAAUGUGUAGAGGUUUUCAAGGAGUUCUAUCAAACAAGAACAAAGCACAGGAAGCUGACAUGGAUUUAUUCCUUGGGAACCUGCAACAUCAAUGCUAAGUUUGAUGCUAAACCUAUUGAACUUAUUGUUACAACAUAUCAGGCUGCAUUGCUACUACUGUUUAAUGGAUCUGACAGGCUUAGUUAUUCUGAGAUUGUAACACAAUUAAACCUGUCAGAUGAUGAUGUAGUGCGUUUGCUCCAUUCUCUUUCUUGUGCGAAGUACAAGAUCCUUAACAAGGAACCGGCUAGUAGAUCCAUCUCUCCCAAUGAUGUUUUUGAGUUCAAUUCAAAGUUUACUGACAGAAUGAGAAGAAUCAAGGUUCCACUCCCUCCUGUUGAUGAGAAGAAAAAGGUUGUUGAAGAUGUUGACAAAGACAGGAGGUAUGCAAUUGAUGCAUCAAUUGUGCGCAUUAUGAAGAGCCGCAAAGUUAUGGGUCAUCAACAGCUGGUUGCUGAAUGUGUUGAGCAGCUGAGCCGCAUGUUCAAGCCUGACUUCAAAGCCAUAAAGAAGAGGAUUGAGGAUCUCAUUACAAGGGACUACUUGGAGCGCGACAAGGACAACGCUAAUACGUACAAAUACCUUGCCUGAUUGGUGGUCAGUGGCAAAAGUCCAAAACAGCUCCCAGACUAGUGCAAUACCACGGGGGUGGCGAUCUCCUGCAAGGUGGUGGUGCGUCAACUUUUACCAUGAUUUGAGGUGCGUUAUGGUGAUUUGCGUGCUUAUGGGUCCUGCCACAGCAAGGGCUGCUCGCAUUUGUAAAUUGGCCGUUAAAAUAGACAAUCUUGACCUGCAUUAGAUGAUAUGAUGAUGAUAUGAGGAAUAGGAGAGGCACUCAAGUACUUGUUUGCCAUCUAUGCCAAUGUUUUACCUAUAUGUCUGUAUCAAUGUUUCAGUUAACUGAGAUGAGAUUAUGCUUGGGGGUUGCUUUGCUAUAUGAAAUGAGUGGAUACUAUGCGAAUUUGCAGUAUCGGUUUGUA